ACGUUGCUGUAGGCUGUUGUCUGCUUCUGAUGUUCGACUUCUGACUUCUUUCUUUGAGCUUCCCCCCAAUAUGCGACAUUGGCUCAGCUGGAUAAUAAGCUUCAGCGGAAUAUCGGCAGUCCUAGCCAUUCAGGAUUAUUGUGCCAAAGACUAUCAACCAGUGGCCAAGAGUGAUUGGCGAUUGGAUUUAUCCGCAUUGGACACUGAAUACGAUUUAUUUCACAAUGAAUCAACUCCGCCUACCGUAACAUCGGCUCAUGUUCAACUGAAUAUAUGUAAUGAAUUAAAGCAACCCGAAAAUCCCAACGAAGAUGACUGCGAUAAGGGCGUAUAUAUAUGCCGUCGCAUUAUCAAUAUCAAGCAGGGAGAAGAGCGAGUCGAGCAAGUACAAAAUAUCGCUGGUGCUUUCCAAAAUUCGGCAAUGCCAGCUCAGUUCAAGACUAUUGAUACGGAGCAAGAUUUGACCAAAACGGGAACCGAGUUUUCUCUCGUCCUUGGAGGCGGCCAAUGGAACAAUCAAGCACAAUCAGCGCAAAUUCUCCUGGAAUGCGAUGAAUCACAAGAUCGCAACGCGCAGCCAAGUAAACCAACCAUUAUUUCAUAUCAAAACAACGUGCUUUCUAUCCAAUGGAAAACGGUAUUUGCUUGCGCAUAUAAGAAAGAACAAAAAUCGCCAACGGACGAUGAUAAACCUGAUGAUCAUAAAGAUACACCAGACGAUGGAAGAAAGGACAAAGAUCAGCAACCGAAGCCUGGGGAAGACGUAGGCACAGAAGCAGGCGGGAUAUCUUGGAUGGCUAUUUUCUUCAUGAUUCUGAUUAUCAUGGCUUUGACGUAUAUGGCAGCAGGAGCCUUUUAUAACUAUAGGACAUAUAAUGCCCGCGGUUUAGAUCUUUUGCCACAUCGAGAUUUCUGGCUUGACUUGCCGUACCUUAUCAAGGAUCUGAUCUCGCACAUGAUGGAUUCUUUCUCGACUCACAGACGCAGCGGCGGCGGUGGCGGUGCUUAUGUCUCUGUUUAGCAAGUGUUCCUACCUUCUAUUCCAUACGUCAUCUAUGAUCCUUAACUACAACCUUGAAUGAUAUACCACUAUAUGAUAAUCGAUCAAAAACUUUUUUCAUUGAG